CCAAGCUGGCCCUGGUAACCUCACGUUUUCCAGUGGGGUCACCAGCAGUAACAGUAGCAAUAGUCGUAGCAGCUCUAUUCGAAGUCCAUCAACCGCUUCACAAGCAAUAAAUUUGGACCAAACCAUAUUAAUUGAUGGAAAACCACCAGUGAUAACAUUUCCGGUUGUUGAUCAAUCAGUUACUGUUACAGCUAAUCAUACUCAUGAAAGCUGUGAUAGUGAAAGAUCAACACCUAAAGAUAUUAAAAGUAAUAUACUACAACCAUCCAGUAAUUCACAAUCUAUACUCGCUACAACUGAUUCCAAUAUCACCUUAUGGCAAUUCCUUCUGGAGUUGUUACUUAAGGGUGAACAUACUGAUCUGAUCCAAUGGACAAAUCAGCAAGGCGAAUUUAAGUUACUGGACGCAGAAGCGGUUGCACGAUUAUGGGGACAACGUAAAAGUAAACCACAUAUGAAUUAUGAUAAAUUAUCACGUGCAUUACGAUAUUAUUAUGAUAAGAAUAUCAUUAAAAAGGUAAUUGGACAAAAAUUCGUAUAUCGAUUUGUGACAUUUCCGGAAGGAUGUACACCUGAUGCAUUGCAAUGUGCAAUUGCACGAGAUGUUGAUGGUAUUUCAGCUGAUUGCACUUCUACUG